AUGGAUCCCAACUGUUCCUGUGCUACUGGUGGCUCCUGCAAAUACAAAGACUGCAAAUACACCUCCUACAAGAAGAGCUGCGGCUCCUGCUGCCCCAUGGACUAUGCCAAGUGCACCCAGGGCUGCAUCUACAAAGGAACAUCAGACCAGUGCAGCUGCUGCAAUGGGAACUAUGUGAGUAAGGACCACAAGCAAGAGGAGGAGGAAAUGCUAGCCAAAGAAAAUGACACUUAUGUCACGCUGAUGCUAAGCCUUAUGUGGGUAUAA